UUCAGUCCCAGCGUGCAGCGCGUGAAGAUGGCGGGUGUUCUGGAGAGGAGUUACAUUGAGAUAUGCGGUUUUGAAAGAGAGACUGUCUCACGGUUCAGACACAUAACACUGAAUCUAGCAGGUGUUGGAGUAAGCUCUGGCGGUGUGAAGUAUGCAGACAGUGCUGGUGGAUUCUCCUAUGAGGACAGUGGGAAACUCCUCUCAGUGGCCAGUAACAGAUUCAUCCACUGGUCCACUUCAGGUGACACUGUUCAGUUUGUUGAGCAGUCGCUGGACACUAAUCUUCUGAAUAAUGCUGUCCGCUUGCGUAUCCCACAUUGCCUCUUGCUGCCUGGAGGAGUUUUUAUACAAGAGACCCUUAACAACGUCCUCAUUCUGAUCGUCACCAGCCAAUCUGUCCAUCGCCUGGUUCUGCCGCACCCCUCUCGCAUGUACCACAGUGAUCUGGUCACUGAACUCCAGAUGCAGUCCAUUUUCACAGACAUUGGGAAGCUGAAUUUAAAUGAGCCAGCCCACAGUUAUGUGCUCCCGUUUGCACAGGGAACACACUCGACCUCUCCGUCCACAUCUGCCGCCUGGAUCAGUCAUCAAGGGGAAGCUCUCUUUGCUCUUGCCUCACCGUCAGGCAGCAUUAUUAUAGUCACGUUACCUCCCCACGAUCAAGAUGGGGCUGUGUCAAUUCUGGAGUUGAAACAGAGUUCGAUGAUGCAGCGAUUGGCCGGCUGGAUGCCUACUGCUAUCAGGGGAGAUCCGAGCACCUCUGAUGUAGCCAUCAGUCUGGCUGUCCACCAGCUAGAGGACGACACGUUUGUAUUCGCGCUGUGUCAAGAUCAUAAGCUGCGGAUGUGGUCAUUUAAGCAUCAGAUGUGCCUGUUGGUGACUGACAUGCUGGAGUAUAUGCCCGUGGGUCGUGGGGAUGUAAAGGUUUCUCCAGCUCAAGCUCAUAAGCUCCGAAUCUUCUUCUCCUCAUCCAUCGGUCUGUGUCUCGCCGUCUACCUCGCAGUUCCCAAACGCAGUCAGUUCUGUGUGCUGCAGCUGGUGGCCAAUGAGAACAAUCGCUACAGCCUGGAUCACAUCUCAACACUGUUCUCAACACAGGAGACGGUAGUGGAUUUUGUCUUGACGGCAACUGAUAUUUGGGCUGUUUGGCUGGAUAAUGACAACCAGACUAUGGUGAAGUACAUCAGUUUUGAGCAUAACACAACAGGCAUGUGGAACCAGGUGUUUGUCCAGCCAUCACCAGAGGAGGAAGUUCAGAUUGGUGAAGACCAAGACCCACGGGAAAUCUAUCUUGAUGUACUUUUUUCACCACUGCGCUUCACAGCCUCAGCCAUCAUUAAAGCUCUACAGAUUUACAAGCGAGGUACAGAGCGAUAUUCUGACUUAUCAUGGGAGGAUCUGAAGAAAGAGGUCACUGUCGCAGUGGAAAAUGAGCUUCAGUCCAGUGUGACCGAGUACGAGUUCUGUCAGGAAGACUACCGCUUGCUACAGGUGGAGUUCUGGUCGAAGUUUUACGCAUGUUGCGUACAGUACCAGGACGUUCUGUCCACGCCACUCGCCCUGCAUGUGAGCCCUUCCACAGCCAUGGUCUGCGUUCUCAAGAAGGGCUUUGUGUCUUUCCUAUUACCCUGCUUUGCAGUCGACCAUCUUUACCUCUCCUCGGAUGAAUACCUGUUUUCUGAAGAGGAGACUACAAUUGCUGAGGACUUGGAUGUGAGCCGUGACGUCUUGCAGCUGGUUCAGUGUCUGCGCCUGGUGAAUGAGUCUCUUCCAGAGGACUUGGCCUAUGAGAUGGAGAAAGCCCUCGAUGACCUACUGUCUCCAGAGAAAGUGUCAGAGAAAAUACUGGACAGUCUUCUGGCCAGCGAGGUGAAUGUAAUUCAGGAGAUUGAAAACAAACUGCAAGACAUCUUUAACCCCAUUGUUGCCAUGAACACACUCCUCCGAGAACUGGACCUUGAAGCUGAUGCAGAGACGGACACCAGACCUACUGGUCAGUCUCUGAGAGUGCGUAUUAGUCUCUCUCAGCUGUACGGCAGCAGUGUGGCGGCUAGUCUGAUCUGUCAAGCUGUGUGCCAGACUGCCAUGACCCGAACUCUCCUCUGCAGAGAUCUGCUUAUCCUGCAGCAACUCUACCUGCGAAAUGGAGACAAUGUGUUUCUUGCAGGCGGUAAUCAGUUACUGCAGCUGCAGCAAGACUUGAUUCCUCGAUGCUCUAAUCUGCUUUGCACAUAUCAUCUACUCAAACAGAUGAGCUUGACGCUUUCCUCAUCCGUCCCACUGGACAUACUAAAUGCUGAUCUUCAACAUCUGUCUGUUCUGGAGCUGUCUGACUCAAUGACUCCUACUUCCAACAGAUCAGUGUUGAAUCCUCAAACUGUUGUGGAGUUGUUCUACCAGAAUGUGGCCCGUAAAGCCAUCAUGUCUCAGAUCUUCUCCCAGCAGGAUUUGGAGGGCAACCAGAACAUGUUGCACUGGCCACAGAUGAUCUCCAGUGUCCUGACACUACUCUGUCAGUUCCUCUGGCCCAGCAAUCCCAGUUUCCUCUUCCCUGAAUGCCUGAUGGGAAACUGCCAAUAUGCACAACUGCAGGAAUAUGUUCGAUUAGUUGGGUCCUGGUGCCAGGUGAAUGUGGGAUCCUAUCGUUUUGUUUUGGGUCAAUGCUAUCUGUCCAGUGGUGAGGGGCAAAAGGCAUUGCAGUGUUUCCAGGAAGCAGCCACUGAAGUGGAUAAAGAAGAGUUUUUAAUUAAACUCACGGGUUCACAUGAGGAGACAGCCGUGACCGCCCCACGAUUACUUUAUUACAACAAGGUUUUACGGUUAUUGGAGGAUAUUUGUUUGCCUGAGCUUGUGAUCAAUUUGGCAACGCUGGCCAUAUCUGAAGCUGCUAAUGACGAGAGAAGCCAGGCUGCUCUGUGGACUCGUAUAUUCAAGCAUCAUCUGGAUCUUGGACACAAUAGUCAGGCAUAUGAGGCCCUGACACAAAACCCUGAUCCUAGCAGGCAGCUGGACUGUCUCCGACAGCUGGUGGUGGUGCUGUGCGAGCGCGCUCAACUCAGGGAUCUUAUCCAGUUCCCAUUUGUUAAUUUACAUGAUGAGGUGGUCAGCAUUAUUGAGUCUCGCGCAAGAGCUGUGGACCUCAUGACUCACAACUAUUAUGAGCUUCUAUAUGCUUUCCAUAUCAAUCGUCACAACUAUAGAAAAGCCGGUACAGUGAUGUUUGAGUACGGCAUGCGUCUGGGCCGUGAGGUGCGAACUCUCCGUGGUCUCCAGAAACAGGUCAACUGUUACCUCGCUGCCCUCAACUGCCUGCGUCUUGUUCAUCCGGACUAUGCUUGGAUUGUGCAGCCCUCUUCUGGAGCAGCGUAUGAACGACCAGGCGCAUCACCAAAAAGGAACUAUGAUGGUGAAUUUGCUGCAAGUCCAGUAAAUCAACAGAUUGACAUUCUUGAGCUGAAAGACUUGGAGAAAGAGUAUGUUCUUGCCCGGAGUCGUCUAACGUUAGCACAACAGGACCCCCCCUCAGCAGCUAUCGCAGGAGGUGCGUCUUCACAAGAGAUGGUUGCCCUGCUUGUCCAAACAGGUCUUUUUGACACAUCCCUGACGCUGUGUCAGACCUUUAACUUAUCCCUUACACCCGUCUUUGAGGGACUGACAUUCAAGUGUAUCAAACUGCAAUAUAAAGGUGAUCAGGACCAGACAGAGGUGUGGAACUGGCUUGCUGCCAAUCAGCUGCCAACUAUUAUUACUACUAAAGAGUCCAGCGCAACAGAUGAAGCUUGGCGGCUUUUAGCUCAUUAUUUGGAGAAGUAUCCCUCACAGAAUGCUCAAUAUCACCGUUCUGUCAUCAACAAGCUGCUGUCACAUGGAGUGCCAGUGCCUGAUUGGCUGAUCAAUGCCUACAAGGUUGGUUGCUGUUGUUUUUUGGGGUUUUUUUCAGCAUGACAUCC